AGUGAUUUUACAGCCCUAGGUGUAUUUUUUCUAGUAAUUCCUGAGAAUAAUUUGGAUUUCGAAUAUAUUCUAUUUUAACAUUUGGAUGAGUUACAUAAUUAAGUGCAAAGAGAGUAUAAUCUUUUUCUAGUGAAUCGUGCAUAUUUCAGAUUUAAUCCCAAAAUAACUUCUGUUGCUAUUUUACCGUUUAGCGGUUUCCAUUGACUAAGGAUUAACAUAUUUUUCUGUGUAUAUUAGUCUUUACUAUUUUAUGCAACUACUUUAAAAGAUGUGAAUGCAUUUGAGUAAUAAUUCGAAUCUAACGGGAUUUUCAGGAAAUGUUUUCGCAUUCUGUGCUCGAUGAUUCGGGUUGUGAUUAGUCCGGUCUGGGUCAAACGCGGCUUGUUUGACAGAUGGGAAGUGGCUCAACAUGAUGGAGUUUCACUUGUUUACUUUUAAGAACAAGAACAAAUUGCACACAUGCAAGAACAUUUAAGACUUUUACCGUAAGAAUGGCUUCUGUAAUGGAGGAUCCAACCCUUCAGAGGCAUUUUAAAGGACAUAAAGAUGUUGUUACCUGCACCGACUUCAGCCCCAAUAAUAAACAGCUGGCUACUGGGUCCUUUGACAAGACCCUGAUGAUCUGGAACCUCUCUCCCAAAGCCAGGGCAUUCAGGUUUGUGGGUCACACAGAUGUCAUUACAGGGGUUAAUUUUUCUCCAAGUGGUUCCUUGGUGGCAUCUUCGUCCAGAGAUCAGACAGUUCGAGUGUGGACACCCAACAUAAAGGGAGAGUCAACGGUGUUCAAAGCUCACACGGCAAGCAUUCGAAGUGUUCAUUUCUCCAGUGAUGGCCAAAGGCUGGUCACGGCCUCAGAUGACAAAUCUGUAAAAGUGUGGGGUGUUGGACAGAAGAAAUUCCUCUAUUCUCUCAACCGGCACACCAACUGGGUGCGCUGUGCGAGGUUUUCACCAGAUGGUCGUCUAAUUGCUUCCUGUGGUGAUGACAGGACAGUUCGCCUCUGGGAUACAUCCGCACGUCAAUGUAUCAACAUUUUCACAGACUACGGCGGGUCAGCUACGUUUGUGGACUUCAAUUCAAGUGGCACAUGCAUUGCAUCAUCGGGAGCGGACAACACAUUAAAAAUCUGGGAUAUUCGUACAAACAAACUAAUACAGCAUUACAGAGUUCAUAUAGCUGAUGUGAACUGCUUUUCCUUCCAUCCAUCGGGAAACUAUCUGAUCACCGGCUCAAGUGACAGUACAUUGAAGAUCUUGGAUCUUCUGGAGGGAAGGCUGAUCUACACCCUCCAUGGCCACAAGGGUCCAGUGUUGGCCGUGGCGUUUUCACGAGGGGGAGAUCUGUUUGCAUCAGGGGGUGCUGAUUCUCAGGUCCUGAUGUGGAAGACCAACUUUGAUUUGCUGAACUACAGAGAUUUGUUAAGCAGGCACAGCAAGCGAGUCACUCCAGAUCCCCCUCCACACUUGAUGGACAUUUACCCUCGAUCACCUCACCAACACUCUGCCCAGAAUGGAACAAUAGAGAUUAACCCCAUUGUUGCUGAUACUCUGUCUGGAGAUCCUCAAGUGGUAGAAGUGGGGCGGGUUUUCUUCUCCACAGCGGAUGUAAGCGGCCAUGACAGUGUCACAACAAGUUACAGAGAUCAGUCCAACUCAAGCACUGGCUCAGGUCCAGCUCGAACUCAAAUGAGACAUGGGGAAGAGGAUGUUGAAGAACAAGAAGCAGGGGUUGCUUGCAAUGUGACAACCUCAUUAGAGGGGCGCUCUGGCCUGCCAUCAAGCCUUACAAGCACUCUAGAGAACAUUGUUCAGCAGUUGGACAUCCUGACCCAGACUGUUGCCGUUCUUGAAGAGCGCCUCACGCUGACCGAAGACAAACUAAGGACCUGCCUGGACAACCAGGCCCUUUUUCUGCAGCAAGCUCAACAUGUGGACCAAUUCGAUGAGAGGAGGGGAGCUGAGGGACCUUCUGUAUGAGCUUAAAGACAUCCAGCUGGGUCAUUCCAAUCGAGGACACUGGACUUAUAACAAUGCAAAUAAAGAGGAAAAAAGAUGAGAAGAGUAAAGAGGAUGAGAGAAGAGCAACAGGGGGAUUUGAGGGAUCUUCAAGCAGUCUCACCCAAAAAUUCAAGUCCUGGAUAGGACAGCUGCAGCUAAGACAACAUCGUAGUCAUGUUUUGACAGCAGUAAAGACUGUCAUCCCUCAGGGUAGCCAGGAGAGACUUUGUCCCUUUCUUUCACUGCAAAAUAAAUAAAUAAAUAAAUUAAAAAAAUCAGUAAAUACUUCAUACAAUAAUCAGUAUUGUCUUGUUUUCCAGUAAAAAUAUCUAAACAUCCUUUAAACAAGAUACAUUUACCUGAGAAGCAACAUUGUGUAAGAUAAUAAGACUUGUUUUCAGAGAAUAUAUUUGGCAAAAUAUUUUUCAUAGUUUUAAGCAUAACUCUAACAAAGUUUAGUGAGGUUAAUGCAUAAAACAAGAAAAAACAAUGGGGUAAGAAAAAUUCGUUCAAAUUUAAGUUAUAGGUGUUUUCUGAUGUAUUCACUGAAAACCAAUCUUAUUGGAGCAAUAGAGGUUUUUCAAUGACAGAUGCCGAUAUCUAGACAGCAGGAUGGGUGAUAUAACACCGAUAUAUAACACUUCUGGUAUCUGGCCAAGAUUACAUGGUUACCGGCCGAUGCUGGUAAUCGCAAAAUGUCCAAAUAUCGGCUGAUCAAUCGUAUUAGCCAAUAUAUUGGUCUAUCACUAGUCUUAAAAUCUUAACCAAUUUUGCUUCUAGUUAAAUUUAUCUUGUUUUAGGGAUAUUUUGAUAUUUUGUAUUGAAAAACAAGACAAAAUUACAGUUGUUUUUUUUUUUUUUUGCAGUGUUCAUACAUAUACAUUCAUGCACAUUUUUUACUCUGUCCAAAUUCAUUUGUGUCUGCCCUGUCACAUGUAUUAUGUAGUGUAUAUGAAGACAAUUAUGAAUGAAUUGCAGCAUAUCUUGAGUCUCUGGUCCAUCUGUGUCUCUGGCAGCUUGAAUGGUUUGUGUGUGUAUGUGAGAGAAAGAAAGAAAGAAAGAGACUGAGUAAGAGUCUGUAAGAGACACUUGCAGCCUUGUUUACUCUCUCUCAAUCAGCCACAACCUUGUGGCUUUCCUCUGGGUGGAGGUCAGAUGGAAGCAGGGAGCCGAUCGACAGAAAGGCCCAGCAGUGCUUAUUUGCUUUGGGUACCGCAUCCUUCUGUAUACUACAGCGCUGCUACCCUCUUCCCAACAGCCUUACAUAAAACACUACACACAACAGAGUGGAAAAAAAGUCAUUUAGUUCAUUUUCAAUAAGAAAAAAGAUUUGGAAACUGUGCUUUAUUAAUAAUUCACUACUAAUCAAAAGUUUGGACACACUGGA